UGAAUAUUUACUGGUACAUAAUCUAAAAGAAAUAUGUUUGCCACAGUGAAUUCAAUGAUUUCUUUUUUAUUAUUUCCUUCAUGUGGCACAGUUGGAAUUGUUUUUGCUUUUUGAUCAAGAGCUGUAACACGGAGGUUUAAAAGGCUGAACUCAGGAAGCUCUUUCAAGCUAUACUGCUGUGUAACUGUAUAAACCUGCAACCUGGCAGUAUUACAGCUCACGUGUUGUCUAUCUUUUAGUUUACAAGAACUGGAAGAAACUACGUCUACCUUUGGUAUAACAUCUCUUUCUUUAGGGGGAGGCGAAAAUGGUCAAAGAUGGGAAUGUGUUUCGCAUAGUUCAAUCCAAUUGCUGGGAUCCUGAAGUGAGGUUAAAAGAAAUGGAUCAAUCAGGUAAAUGUAUAUAGCAAAGACAUUCUGAUAUAAUAUAUAUUGUACUUUAUAACUCCAAAUGGGCAAAUACACAUCCAACCAGUAGUGGCAGUAAUUAAAGUGAGAUUUAUGCAACUGUUACUAACAGAAAAGUAGAUCAAAGUUUUCAAUGUAGAGCAGUCACAAAGGAAACCAAUUCAAUCAGAAAUAACAUUCCAUUUGUUUCCAAGGUGAUUGCGCCCCAUUUAGAACUUUUCUCUUACCGACACAACUUUACCAUGGUUUGCAAGUACAAGAAAGUUAUAGAAAUGAAUAAAUAAAACAAAGUAGGUGCACUUGCUGACAAAGGCAUGCAUUCAUUCAUCCUGGCAGAGGGAUUAUGUCUUUGCUGCCAACUCGCUGCCUGCGUAUCGUUGUGCAAUUUGCAAGGUAGAGCUUGGUAUUUAACAGAAGUUACAGUAUCUCACAAAAGUGAGUACACCCCUCACAUUUUUGUAAAUAAUUUAUUAUAUCUUUUCAUGUGACAACACUGAAGAAAUUACACUCUGCUACAAUGUAAAGUAGUAAGUGUACAGUCAGUAUAACAGUGUAAAUAUGCUGUCCUCUCAAAAUAACUCGACACAAAGCUACUAAUGGCUAACCCGUUGGCAACAAAAGUGAGUACACUCCUAAGUGGAAAUGUCCAAAUUGGGCCUAAAGUGUCAAUAGUUUGUGUGGCCACCAUUAAAUUUUCAGCACUGCCUUAACCCUCAUGGGCAUGGAGUUCACCAGAGCUUCACAGGUUGCCACUGGAGUCCUCUUCCACUCCUCCAUUAUGGCAUCACGGAGCUGGUGGAUGUUAGAGACCUUGCGCUCCCCUGUCUUCUGUUUGAGGAUCCCCACAGAUGCUCAAUAGGGUUUAGAUCUGGAGACAUGCUUGGCCAGUCCAUCCCCUUUACCUGCAGUUUCUUUAGCAAGGCAGUGGUCAUCUUGGAGGUGUGUUUGGGGUCGUUAUCAUGUUGGAAUACUGCCGUGCGGCCCAGUCUCUGAAAGGAGUGGAUCAUGCUGUGCUUCAGUGUGUCACAGUACAUGUUGGCUCUCAUGGUUCCCUCAUUGAACUGUAGCUCCCCAGCGCUGGCAGCACUCAUGCAGGCCCCGACCAUGACACUCCCACCACCAUGCUUGACUGUAGGCAAGACACACUUGUCUUUGUACUCCUCACCUGGUUGCCGCCACACAAGCUUGGCGCCAUCUGAACCAAAUAAGUUUAUCUUGGUCUCAUUGGACCACAGGACAAGGUUCCAGUGAUCCAUGUCCUUAGUCUGCUUGUCUUCAGCAAACUGCUUGCGGCUUUCUUGUGCAUCAUCUUUAGAAGAGGCUUCUUUCUGGGACGACAGCCAUGCAGACCUAUUUGAUGCAGUGUGCGGCGUAUGGUCUGAGCACUGAUAGGCUAUCUUCUUAUAGCCUAGGCAAUCUUUAUGUAGAGCAACAAUUCUUCUUUUCAGAUCCUCAGAGAGUUCUUUGCCAUGAGGUGCCAUGUUGAACUUCCAGUGAGCAGUAUGAGAGAGUGUGAGAGCGAUAACACCAAAUUUAACACACCUACUCCCCAUUCACACCUGAGACCUUGUAACACUAACGAGUCACAUGACACCGGAAAGGGAAAUUGGCUAAUUGGGCCCAAUUUGGACAUUUCCACUUUCGGGUGUACUCACUUUUGUUGCCAAUGGUUUAGCCAUUGAUGGCUGUGUGUUGAAUUAUUUUGAGGGGACAGCAAACUUACACUGUUAUACAGGCUGUACACUUAUUACUUUACAUUGUAGCAGAGUGUCAUUUCUUCAGUGUUGUCACAUGAAAAGAUAUAAUAAAAUAUUUACAAAAAUGUGAGGGGUGUACUCACUUUUGUGAGAUACUGUAUGUCACCUUAUAUACCCAAAGCCCACGCUAAACCAAAUUGGCCAAAGUGACCAUUCAUAUCAUGGUGAUAUAGGUCAUCUCCUCUGUGUUUUUUUUUAUUUUUUAUAUUCUAUGCCUAGGGGCACCUGGGGUGUAAAAUUAAUAAUUAAUUAUAUAAUGGAAUUAUUGAAUAAACUGGCUACUGCAAUUAUUAGCUACUAAUAUGGAGAUUUGUUGCACUAUGUCUGCUGGUAAAUUUCUUUACUGUCAUGUGUCAAAUCACAGCCAUUUAAGUUUUUUUGAAUGGAAAACUGAUAUUUCUACAUACAGGUGUGACAGUGCAAGCCCUGUCUACCGUCCCUGUAAUGUUCAGCUAUUGGGUAAGUACUAAAACACAAAAAUAACUGUAAAAUAAUAAAAAGUGCUUCACUGAUUUCUAGAUAUCAUAACGUUCUGAAUCCUGUUUUAUUUGCAAGAAAAUAUAAUAGAAGAAAUGCAGUGGUCCUGUGCAUUCAUCAUUUUCCUGGCCCUCUCAACCACAUCAGACUGAAACAGUAUAGCUUCACGGAGAGUGUAAAUCGCAUAUUGCUUACUAUUAUCAGGUUCAAUAAAAAAAAAUCUAAUUUUUCCACAAUUAUGAAUUGCCAUUAAAAUCCAAAACUUCAAAACAAAUUCAGCAAACAAAAAUAAAUUAUGACUCACAAAAGCAAAUAAUCUGGCAUCAAAAUCUACAAACGUCCUAUAUUCAAUAUUUAACAAUACUCUAACAAGACUCUGAGUCCAGUCCUUAGAGGUCUCCAGACCUCGGGAACACAUAUACACUAUUAGACCCUUUGCUUCUCCUGUGAGUUUGCAAAAGACUUACCUUAAACCAGGAAUAUUUUUCUUUUUACAACAAUUAUUGUCUUUCAUAGAGGGUUUUCCUUUUCUAUUUGGGAAUUUCCACCAUGCUGUUAAAUGUAAGUUGGGGUACGACCCCAUGACACACUGUAAUGUCUAUGCAGGAGAAGACUGCCAAAUUUUGGACUUGUGGGGCAAGUACAAAUAAAUAAACCUUUUUUAGACCAAACUAACAUACCAUCCAACACCCAAAUACAAAAGAGUUGCCCACUAAGCCAUAGAACUCUGUGCUGACACCCCUGCAUAUAAAACAUAUUUACCGGCUUAUUUACUUCACAAUAAUAUCUCUUUAAACAGGCAAAGCCUCAGGACACGCAGGACCUAUCCCGUUUCUUAAAUGAUCAUUUGGCAGCAGUUGUUCGGAAGCAUCCUAAAAGAUUUGUAGGCCUUGGAACAUUACCGAUGCAAAGUCCAGAGUUGGCCAUAGAGGAGAUGCAUCGAUGUGUGAAAGAGCUUCAAUUUCCAGGUGUACAAAUAGGAUCCCACGUUAACCAGUGGGACUUAAAUGCACCUGAACUUCAUCCCAUAUAUGCAGUAAGUAUCAAUCAAUCAUUCAGUCAAUCACUAUGUUGAAAGGGAACUAUCAACAAAGUAACUAACUCCAGUCAGGAGAUUCUCAUUCUGUAAUAAAGCAUCUGAUUUUAUACCAUAAAUCCCUGACCUGCAGAUUACUAUAUUACAUUAUGGAUAAGGAGACAUUUCCACUUAUCAACUAGGAUGAGUAAAACUGCAUUAAAAACGAAUAGCAUCCUUACUGCCAUACGUUUCAGAUCAUGCACCUUGACUCUCAGCUGACCUAUAGAGAAAAAUCCUUCUUAUUAGUACAUGCAUAGAGAUUGGGCCCUCGGCAGAGGUGUUGCUAAGUAUACGCUUUGGAGGCUGAAACCUCAAAGAUGUUUCUUUUACCCCAGAACCCUUAUGCAUGGUGGAGGGGCAGCAGGUAACACUACCUGAACAAUGUGUAUUGAUAUAUGUGUCCGAUAUAUUUUUUUAAUACAUUAUAUAUUUUUGAUAGUUCAAUAUUUUGAGAAAUUGUUUUUGAAAGUUUAUUGAAAAAUAUGAAAUAAUGUAAAAAUCUUAUCCAACAAUAUUAAAUCAAGGUCUAAAUUGGUGACUAAAAGGCUGAAAUGCUACAAAAGAAGGAGCCUUAGGGUGGAAAUCUUGGUUUUGUCUUCAUCUCAAUGUAUUUUUGGAACUUUGUAACAUCCCUGGUUCAGAAUGCUCAACAUACCGUAACCUUUGCAAUAACAAAGAGUUGCUUUUGAUACUUAGUGUGACCCUUCAAUUUCCCCAUUUACAGCAUGUUCUCUACAGAGCACAAAAAUGCGAGGUUGUAACUGGAGUCACAGUUAUCAGCUGACAAGCAUCCUCUGUGAUCAUUUAUUGACCAUCUGUCUUCAUGUAGGCAAGAGCAGCCAUAUUGAAUAAGUGUCAUAUCACUUCAUUUGAAUAUUCCUUUAAGUAUCCAGAAUACUGGCAGUUUCUAACAAUGAAUUAUUCAUUACCUGCCAGCCUUUGAUAUCAAAGUGCUCAGCUAGAAUUUAAGAUGUUUACAGUAGAACUUUGAACUUGUCCUUACUUGAAGGAGCAUAAGAGUAACGUAACUAUUACAACUCGUUGUGGUGGCAUAUCAUCCCCUGUUUGAGACCAGUGUAUAAAAAAAAACAGGUGGGCGGAGCAUGACCAUGGAACGGAGCAGACGCCAUACUGCUGUGAUCCUGCAACACUGCACAGAAUCCCACAAAUAUCAACUGAAUCCUGCAUCAGUGCCAGAUGAAAGGGGGCCAGACUGCUACUGAACACCUCAACCUCCUGAUCGAUGCCCUUUUUAUUCGACCCAGGCACGAAACGGCGGCACCACAAGGUAGGGGCCUACCUCACCCCAUACUUCUUUGGGUCAGGAUCCCGUAUAGCUCCCACGGAGAUCAGGGGAAACCCCACUCAGCCUGAAACCUCGCAAAGGUGCCCACAAGACCCCACACAAAUGGGACGCAGGUCACAGAAACCCACAGUGCCAGCACCCACCAACAAUAGGUGGCAUAUCUGGCAACCAAAGAGGACAGUUAAGCCCUAUAUCAAAACAUACAAAAACUAUUUCCUGCAGACAUAGCAGUGGUCAAAACAGAAAUUCAAGCAGUCACAGACAGAGUCAAAGCCGCUGAAGAAGACGUCAUGGAUCUGCAGACAGGCCUAGCCUCUGUACAGAAAUCCAUUCAAAGCCUUCACCAAUCCCAUACCUCUAUAACUGUCCAAAUGGCACUCUUAGAAGACAAAAGCAGGCGCAGCAACAUUAAGAUUCGGGGAGUCCCUGACACGAUCCCCACGGAGGAAUUACCACAUUACCUCAGGCGCCUAGUGUCCACUCUCCUGUUUAGUUGUUACUCAAUUAUAUUUUAUGUCUAAGAUCUAUACUCAAGCAAUAUCAAUGCCUAGGAAAUGCAAUGGCUUUAGCAUAGCUUCUUUCACUAUCCCCCCAACGCAUGGUAUAUAUUUCUCAUCGUUAUUGUUCCUGUUAUUUUUUUUUUAUUUUUUUUAUGAGUGCUGUAUCUCUGGCAUUUUCCAGCAAUCAUGCUUUUAACCUCAUGGUCUUUUUUUCCAUGUAAAAAUGUCAAUGUAAGCCUGUUAACUAAGCACUGCAAAAAUGAAGAAUUAUAAAACAAAAAGACAAAAAACCUCUUGCUGGCACCCAGAGACCAUUCCCCUUUAGCCAAAUUAAAUAAUGCAAAAUGUACUCUUCCACAUUAUCUAUAUCAGUCUUUUUCUCAAUAAAUGGCAGUGAUUGGCUCCAGGCUAGCCCACCUCCAGUUCUCUCAGCUUAUCAUUGCCAUCCAGGGUACACAAAAUUGAUAUUGAUUUAAAUUUCUGCAUUCAAAUUAAAUGAUGAGGGGGCAGUCUCUGAGAGCUCUGGAGUGCCCAAAAACUGGUCAAACUGUGCUUAUACAGUUUAACCAUAUAACUAGGGACAACGCGUAUAGACUUAUUACACCAUAUCAGAGCAAUGAGCUAGGUGGGUACAUCGCUAAGACUGACCCUUUAAGUGUAUUUUUAUUUAUUAGUCUGACCGGAUUUCUUUUGCAGGUUAUCAGAAGGCGUUUUUUAUUGUAUAACCAAGAAUUAUUGUAAACUAAACCAUGUAUAACUUUUGAGGAAUUGUCAUUAACGCGAUGUAACUAAAAACAUAAAUUUCUGGAAUUUGUUAUACAUCGCCCAAAAGAAAACACAAGCAGGUAACAGGACUGAUUUUAAAGAACACAUAACAAGACAGUGUGAACAAGCAAUUUACGAAAUUGAGGGUGUCCUUUUUCCAACCAUAACACUUUUCCUGUGUUGCCUGGAGAAGUAAUUGUUCCGAUCACAGGAAGUAAAUGAGAUUUUGAUUAGUGUAUGGAUUUUCCAACUGUCUAUCAGCAUAAGCGAAAUGAAAUCUUUAACACAAUUAUCAACAGAAACCAAAAAUAGACAACAUAGAUAUUUUUCUUUUUUGGAAGUUUAUGUCAGAGUUACUAUUCAACCUGUUUAAAAAAAACAGAAUAACCAUUCUAAUAGUUUGUCUUGUCUACCAAAGUGUGAUAGAGGGUAUUUUAACAUUAAAACGUCAGUUCGGAGUGGAGCCAAGCCACGGACCUGAAUGGCCACACGCUACCAAAGCUCUGGACCAAGCCACUGCAGUAAACCCUCUAACACUGCACAAAACCCUUACAAAGGGUACCAACAAGCACCACUAACUAGGUGUGAAGAGAUGGGCCCGACAAGCCCCGGCUGAGCGGAACUAUGGGUGACUUAUGGCAGCAGGCCUGCAACAGCACAGGCCCAAACAUGGCCGACUACGCCGAUGAUUACUCCGAAAUGUCAGACGAUUUCACAAGCGGGGCUGAACUACACUGCCCACCCAUCUUGACAGCUCCCGGCCAAGCAAACCUACAAGCGGACAACUCACCCGUGACCACCAUGGUAAUGAAGAAAUUGCUGGCGGGGCUGCAACUCACCAUACAGGCAGACAUGGCCCAGAUACGCGGAAACCUGCAAGGCCUGACAGGCCGCCUGACCACGUUGGAAGCAGACUCCCGCCACAACACGCAGGAAACAGUGUGGCUAUACAAAGCUGUGCACAACCUACAACAACUGUCCCACACAACAGAUCAAUGAUUUGCAGACCUCGAAGAUCAGAGAAGCCUGAACAUUAAAAUCAGGGACCUCGGAGAGGAGAUCCCGGAAGCGGAGGUACUGCACUUCAUACGGCACCUGCUGGCCACUCUGUUACCCACCAAACAGGCCAAACAGGUGACUUUGGGGGGGAUGUUCCGCCUCCCACGUCCAACUAAAGCACCAGCUACAGCACCGAGAGACCUCCUAGUUUGCUUCCUGAGCCACAGGGACAGAGCAGCGGUCCUCCAAGCGACCAGGACACAGACACCAUACGUGAUCGAAGGCAGACAGCUCUCAUGUUACGCGGACCUCUCAGGGGCGACACUGGCCUGGCGCCACACCUUGAAACCCUUCACGGCCCUCAUAAAAUCACCUACCAGUGGAGGCGACCCUGGGCGCUCCUGAUUCAACACGGCAACACUUCAUACAAGGUCCACGACCUACAAGGUGCCAGGGAUCUCCUGCCAACCCUGGGACUGCCACAGAACACCCUAACCACUGCAGGACCGGCCCAACCGUCGACAAGGUGUCAGGAUCUGCUCUCCUCUGUUCUGAUGUCUGACUUGGUUUCUGGUAUCCAGUGCUCUUUUUACAAUUCUUGUUUAGUUUUUCUUGGUUUUCAAUUCUAUGUCUGGUUUUCUUUAUGCUGGGUUUCUGGGUUCAUUCUUUAUUCCGUCCCUGGAUUUCCCAGUCUCUUGGAUUCAUUUAAAUGUUUGUUUUAUGUUGCUACCCCCGUUUGUUUUCCAUUUUCCUUUUGUUUCAGUCUGGACCUGCAGCAGUGUUUCAAGUCUCUGCCCUUUCUUGCAGGUAAGUGCUAUUGUGGUUUAGUAUGGUUCUCUUAGCGAACAUUAGGCAGUGUAGGACCUGCUGAAUAUGGGGUACAUUGGCGUUGUGUCAGGCUUAUGCAAUGUAUGAGCAUAUAAUGUGACUAAAUCCCCAUACUUUUCAUAUAUAGUGCUUAGUUAUGUCUCCUCUUGUUUUGCCUAUUAUAUCUUGUCUUGUUUCAUUUUGUAAUCCCAGUCCUUGUACUGUCCUGCCCCUGUUUAGUUAAUGUUCCCUCAUGUCUUGUGUUCAUGUUCUGGGUUUAGCUUUCUGUCCUGCUCUGGUUCUGUCUUGUUUUCAUGUUUGGUCCCUGUUCUAGUCUUGCCUUGUUUCAGUACUGGCUCCAUCUCAGCAUAUGUCUGCUCUGGCUUCCACUAAGCUGCAUCAGGGACUUGGUAUGUGGCCGCACAAACGUUGGUGAUUAACACCAGGAGGCGUGCGGUUACCCUGCACCGGGCCCUGUACUCCACUUCCACACUGUGACACCUACUCUGAAAAUCAGGCAUACAUGGGUCCAGGUCCACGCACCGCUGCCCGGACAGUGUCUGGGUCCUGGGCAUCAGACCACUCCCCUGACACAAGGUCAGCAAUGAAAGACCCUCCGACAGCAACACCAUUCAUCCCCCGACAGGCAGGAGCAAGCGCAUCAACAUCACCAACGAUGAACAGCCCCUGAGAUGCCCCAGGACUCAAAACCACCUAGUACUCACCUCUUAAAAGCCCCAGGGCUACACGGACAUACCAUUUUCAGUGACUGGGACUCUUCCUUUCCUUACCCACUGUGCCUAACUGCAAGUUCACCUCCCCCUCUCCUCUCCCCGGGGUAAUGGGGUACACUUUUCUAGCAUGAGCAUGUAGCUCACAAACCCACGUACCAGAAAUAGCUCCCUAACUGCCCUAGCAUGAUAACGAGACCAUACCUAAAUCAUUAUGUCAGCUAGCCAACAGCCCCUAGCAAUGCCGGUCACACCGGCUAUAUGACCAUGCCACUAGACCCCCAGGUUCACACGGUAACACCGACUCCCACUACCCAAAAUAAAAUACCCUCAGCUCAUGGCCCUUGGCUAUUAAACUCCACAUGUAUGUCACACAACAUUGUUCAAGUCUAACUAUAUGUAUAUGCUGUAUUCUUUCUCACUGUUAUCUUUCUUAUGUAACACUCAACUUUAACGCUGAAACCAUGACCUGAGACAAAAAUAAAGAAUUUUUAAAAAAGUCUGUUCGUACCGUUAUUCAAUUAGUGAUAUAUUUAAUAGAAUGGUGGUAGCCAUCUUCCCGUGCAUUAUGGGUAAGUAUGGAUGCACCCAAAGCCCAUAUCAAGAAGUGAAGCUUAGGUAACACUGACAUUUCAUUUUACACGUUCUGUCUCACUGUUCUAAAACACAUACCAUACUCAGUAGUUAUUUUGUAACCAUAAAGACCCUACAUGAUUAUACUAAUGGUGAAAAACAUCAGGAAAUACCAGAAACCUAGAAAUGGCUUUAACAUGACUUUCAGAAUUUAUUUGCAUUUGUGUCUGUUUUAGGCUGCUGAAAAAUUAAACUGUUCCAUAUUUGUGCAUCCCUGGGACAUGCCGGUGGAUGGGAGAAUGUCAAAAUACUGGCUGCCAUGGCUGGUAGGUUAGUAUUUUACGGUUUGGCCACCUGUCAGAGGAAUUUACUCUUGAAGGGUUUAUUUACUAAGUACUUAACUGCGGUAAACUGAAAGCUGAAUUUCAACAUUUAAAGGGACACUAUAGGCACCCAGACCACUUCAUGUCAUUGAAGUGGUCUGGGUGCAGUGUUCCUGUCUCCUUAACCCUGCAAUGUAAAGCAUUGCUGUUUCAGAGAAACUGCAAUGUUUCCAUUGUAGGGUUAAGACUGCCUCUUGUGGAGUUUGCAAGCUUUGCAUGAGGAUGUCUAGUGUCUUCACAAACUCCAGAGGAAAACUUUGUUUCAAUGCUUUCUAAUGGGUAAGUUCUAAUGCGCGUGCAGCCCUCGCCACGCCUGAGCAUUAGGACAUCCAUCAGCGUGACAGCGCUGCAAGGGGAGAAGGAAUUAAGGUAAAAGUGUUGUUUGUGACCCUUUCAACACCCGAUGGGAGCGCAGAGGGACACUAUAAGGUUAGGAAUACAGUUUUGUAUUCCUAAUUCUUUAGUGUCCAUAUAAGCUAAAACAACUAAGCUGUGACUAGAUUUGUUUUACCAGAUAACCUAUUCUCUUUCUUUUACCACUUUGUUAUCAAUGUAUUUUCAGAUACGAUAGGAGUCUAUCUAAGUACUAUAACCACUACAGCUCAGUAUAGCAGCUAUGCUGCCUAGAAUCUGUGAAAGCCAUCCCUUGGUGUUUUAGGGAACAGUUAGGGAACAGUUUCACAAAAAAAACAGGUUUUCUUCCCAGUACCAGAGUCCCCCCUCUUCAGCGCUCUCAAAAUAUCUCAAUCUAAAAUAAGGGAUGAAAUUGAUACUGAUAACAUAGGGAAUUUAAAUAUGAUCAAGUUGGCUAAGAAGGGGUGGUCUUUUGUCAAACAAUUCCCUAACUAUGUGAGAUACAACAGAGGAUGGCCCCAUAGACAAUUGACAACAUAAGGACUGAGCUGCAGGGAGCCUAGACUGCCCCUUUAAUAAAAAUGAUUGUUUCAAAAUGUCUCUUGAGACUUAUCAGGUCAAUCUGUCAUAUUCGUUCUUCUUAAAGUAAUUAAUUUAAAAAAAAGUAGAUGGAGCUGGAACGUAGCUAAUUGAAUGUUCAGAGAUUAACAGAACAUUUUUACAUCAUAUAAUUGUAUUCCAGACAAUGAGACGCAAGAACGAAACUGAUUAACAAUUAUACUUUAUUUUGAGAAAUGAGAAAUGAUGGAUUAAUUGCCCUCAGUUCAUGUAAUGAGGUUUAAGCUCUUCUACAGUUAAAGAAACAUUAAUAUAGAAAGUGAAAAGAGAUCAUGUCACUUAAAAUGUCACGCACCAGAGUCUGUGAAAAAUCUUAAAAUAUUGCAAAUCCUUCAAUUAUAGUCCAUGCAAUGAUACAAUGAUUGAAUUGUAACAAACUCUAACUUGGGCCUUGAGUUAAUAUUCUUGGAUAAGCUUUUCAAAUGAUCACAAUCUGUUAGAAAUGAUUUACCUACAGAAAUUAUCAAGAGAUACCAUAGUCAUCAAACCAACUUUAGCUCAAUUAAGUAGUUUUGGUCUAGAGCUUGUGCCCCUGCAGUUUUUGGCUUAAUUCUCUUCCAAUUCUCUCAAUUAUUUUUAGCAUGAAAGAGGUGAUCGUGUUUUAACUGGAUUUACUAACCUUCCAUUCUUUUGUGUUUAUCUCAAGGCAUGCCAGCCGAGACUACCACCGCUAUCUGCUCCAUGAUUUUCGGUGGAAUAUUUGAAAAGUUUCCAAAACUUAAAGUUUGCUUUGCACACGGAGGUAUAGUUACUUAGCGAUGCAAUAAAAGGUGCAAUGAAUAAUGUUUCCUGCGAAUAAUGGAUACACCUCAUUUAAUUCAGGAGAUCCUACUUCCCGAGUUUCAAAAAAAAAAGGAAAUGCCAAGUGUGUGCCUUAGCUGUGCCAUGAAUGAACUGGAUUGUGAUGUCAAUGGCUAAAUGUUUAAUAUGCAUUUAAAGGAAACAUAUUAGGGCAAAUUUUUCUAUUUUUCAAUUCAAAUGUGUUAAUUAUAGAAAAAAUAUGGUUCCAUUUAAAAGGGACAAUCUUACGUAGAUAAUUGUAAAAGCGUAUUGCAUAAUUGUUCCUUGUUGCAUUGUUACAGCUAAUUGUAGUGGUCAUGGUGCAAGAAUAGAGAAAAUUUAUGACAAACUUACCGUAAUUUUCUUUUCCUGGCUAUUUCUCAUGGCAGCAUCACUUAUGGGUAGCUCCUCCCUUAGCAGUCACAGGACAGGAAUUAAUUAGAUUAAUUAAUCAGACUGAUAGGUAUAAGGAGUCCCUCCUCCCCCUACACCUCAGUCCAAUUAUAAAGCUGAAAUAAAGAAUGGGCGGGAACCCUGAUGCUGCCAUGAGAAAUAGCCAGGAAAAGAAAAUUACGGUAAGUUUGUCAUAAAUUUUCUCUAUUCCUGGCUAAUCAUGGCAGCAUCACUUAUGGGUAAUACCCAAGCUUCACAGAAAAAUAGGGUGGGAAUAAUAAUCCAAGAAAUUACACAAAACUGAAACACAUGUAGCAAAGAAAAGUUUAAUAUCAACGGGAUAAAGAGACCGUAGACAGGACACUCUGUCCAAAGGAGGUGGAAGGAGACUGCACAUCAAGUUUGUAGUGCUUCAUGAAUGUCAUCGGAGAAGACCAGGUGGCUGCUCUGCAAAUAUCAUCGUAUGGAACCUCUGCACAGCUAGCCCAUGAAGUUGAUAAUGCUCUAGUAGAAUGAGUUCUUAUCUCCCGAGGUGGUGAUAUACCUUUAGAGAUAUACGCCUUCUUAAUUAUCAGAGAAAUCCAACGUUUCAACGUAGAUAAAGAAGCCGCCUCACCUCUCCUUGCUCCCAACGGCAAAACGAAGAGUUGGUCCGUUUUACGGAAAGACUCAGAACGUUUAAGAUAUUCAGACAAGCAGUUCAUGACAUCCAAACGUUGCCAUCUAACCUCCUCCUGAGAAGAGGGGUUGGGGUAAAAUGAUGGAAGAACCACUUCUUGAGAGAGGUGAAACUGAGAAACUACCUUAGGAAGAAACUCUGGAUUUGGUUUCAGACAAACCCUAUCUCGGUAGAAUCGUAAACAAGAAGAAGAUGUAGAAAAUGCCUUAAUUUCAGAAAUCCUUCUUGCGGAAGUAAAAGUUUUAUACGUCAGGAGAGUAGCAUCCAAACUUUCAAGAGGAACAAACAGAUCCUCAGUGAGAUAAUUGAGCACCAUAGGAAGGUCCCAAGGAGGGGUAGUAGAUCUGGAAGGAGGCCUCAACCUGAAGGCCGCUUUGAAGAACCUGGAAAUCAAAGGAUCCGAAGCCCAUGAGAUGUUGCACAAAGCUGAAAGUGCCGAAGACUGAACCUUCAAGGUGCUGAGGCUAAGGCCCUUGUCCAGGCCCUCUUGCAGAAACUCCAAACUUCAGUAUUGCUAGGAUGCCGAAAGUCCACAUUAUGAGACGAUGCCCAAGUUUGGAACACAUCCCAGAUCCUAUGCUAGCAUGAAGAAGUAGAAGCCUUUCUGGAGAGCAGAAGGGUAAUGAUCACCGCCUCCGCGAGACCUAGUAAUUGGAGUCUUUCUUUCUCAAGACCCAUACCCCCAUUGUGAGGCAUUCCGGAUGAGGAUGGAAUACAGGGCCUUGCGAUAGCAGAUCCUCCAUCACUGGAAGAGGCCAAGGUUGUUCCUGGCUCAUCAUGGCCAAUAGGGGGAACCACGGCCUCCGAGGCCAAAUUGGAAUUACGGCAAUGACUUUCUUGCCUUCCAACCAAACCUUCCGCAGGAACCUGGGUAUCAUGGGUAGGGGAGGGAAAACAUACCCCAGAUCGAACGACCAGGGCAGAGAGAGCAUCCUGGCCCAGUGCCUGACAGUCCGGAUGGAGAGAGAAGUAAUUCUCCACCUGGUGAUUCUGAGAUGAUGCCAUCAGGUCGAUCUGGGGCAUGCCCCACCGAUGAGCAAUUUCUGCAAAGAUCGCCGGGUGAAGUUGCCAUUCUCCCGGAAGAAUUUCCUUUCUGCUGAGGAAGUCUGCCGUUAGUUCUCCGAACCUGGGAGAUAAAUCGCCUUCAGGCCUUGAAGAUAGGUCAUGGCUAUAGCCAUUAAGGGAGCCAGCUCUUCCAGGAGCAACCUGCUCCUCGUGCCACCUUGGUUGUUCACAUAUGAGGCCACCGCUCGGUUGUCUGUUUUGAUUAGAACCCAAGAAUUCCGUAGCCUCGGCAGGAAUCUCAAAAUGGCCUUGUAAACCGCUCUCAGUUCUCUUAAGUUUGAGUGUAGGUGACUCUCUUCUCGGGUCCAGUUCCCUUGAGUCCAUACAGGACUGAAGUGGGCACCCCAUCCAAAAGAACUGGCAUCUGUUGUAAUAACCUUCCAAGGGGGGUCUUCCAACGGGAAGCCUGUUGUCAAAUUCCUCUCGCUCUUCCACCAGUUUAAGCUUUUCCUUACGGGAAGGGGAAGAGAUAUCAUCUGUUCCCAAUCCGCUUCCACUCUGUUGAACUGGAGAAGGAAGCAGUUCUGGGCCGGACGGAACUUCCACUGGGCCCACUUCACCAAGCCUAUUGUUGAAGUCAAGGAACCCAGGAGACUCAUGACUUCUCUUGCAGGUGCAGUUUCGAGAACUUGCAGCUUCCCUACUUUGUCUCUGAUCUUUGUGACCCUUUCUGGAGACAGGAACACAUGUGCAGACACGGUAUUCACUACCGUACCCAGGAAAACGAUAGUUUGUGCAGGAACGAGGGAGCUCUUUCCCACGUUCAGGAGCCAACCCUGGACUUGAAGAAUGGACAUUGCCACCGACGUAUGUUGAGCUACAAUUCCUUGAGAUGGACCCAAGAUUGAUAGUAGGCGUCCCUUAAGUCUAUUGAGGUCAUCCAGUCUCCUUUUUUGACACACUUCAAGAUGGUCCUCAAGGAUUCCAUUUUGAACGUCCUUACGUCGAGCAAGGAGUUCACGCCUUUCAAAUUCAAGAUGAGACGCCACUUUCCCUGUGGUUUUGGGGCCAAUAAGACCGUGGAGUAAAUUCCCUGGAACCAUUCCUGUUUUGGAACUUCUUCACCACUUUUUGUUCCAGGAGUAGAGAAAUGCAGGACCUCAUGGCCCUUCGUUUGAUGCCUACCGGCACCUUUGACCUUCUGAAGAAUGCAGUUUUCGGGUAAGAUGAGAAUUAUAUUCUGUAACCUUCUUUUACGAUGGAAGUGACCCAUAGGUCUGAAAUAUUGCUGGCCUAUAUGGGGUAGAAGAACUUCGGCCUGGGGACCUUCAGAAGGUCUUCCCUGAGGUUCUAGCACCCCUUCCUCUGGAAGCCUUAUUGGAAGAUGAGUGCGAAUAGGAUUUCCAUGAAGAAUUCCUGGAAAACUCCCUUCCUGGUUUAUAGCUCCUGCUGUCCCGAAAGGACCGAUCCUUGAAGCGCUUGGUCUUCCAGGAGGAGGGAAAAACUCUUCCUGCCAGCUUGAGGUAAACGCCUUUUUCCCCAUCAGCAGCUUUUUGAAUAGCAUCUUCCAGAAUCUUCCCAAAAAGGAGAUCCCCUCGGAACGGAAGUGCACACAGGGAAGCCUUAGAAGCAUAGUCAGCACCCCACGAAUGAAGCCACAAGGCCCUUCUAGAAGCCACAGACAGGGCCAUGCUUUUGGCAAUCAUGCGAGUGAUGUCCAGGGAGGCCUCUGAACAGAAUUCCGUGGCUAGACUAAAGUCCUUGAAGCUUUCCAACAGAUGUUCCCUACGGACACCCUGAUCAAUGUCGUCCUUCAGAUUAGUGAGCCACACUUUCAAGGCUCUGGAGAGAGUCAUCAGUGCCACUGCCGGAUGAAGGGCGGACCCUAAGGCCAAGUAGUCUUUAAUCAGGUCUCCAUCCAUACGCUUCUCCAUAGGCUCCCUGAGAUAUGCCAUGGAGUCAAUAGGCAGUGUAAUUUUCUUAGCCAUAUGGAUCACUGCAGCGUCAAUUUUAGGAACUGAGUUCCACAGGCAGCAAUCCACUGUAGAGUACGGAUAAACCCUCGCAAACUUAUUUUUUAAGGUGGACUUCUUUUCAGGCUUAUUCCAUUCCUGAAGGAUCAUAUCCCUGAUUGGCGCAUGCACCGGGAAAGUAGGUCUGUUAGGCUAUAGGUCCUCAAAAAACCUGUCAGCCUCCUUCAAUUCAGAUCUUUCUUCAGUGAGACUAAGCGUGUCUCUGAGAAGGGUAAUAAGUCUAUCCAUAGACCUGGAGUCAAGAGACGUGGAGGCAUAUUCAGCUUCCUCCUCACCUUCAUCUGAUACCUCCCAGACAUCAGGGUCCUCAUCAGAGCUGGAAGACUGAGGUUCCGCUCUGCGUCUCUUACUUGGACCACUAGAUCCCGUGGUAGCCAUAAAGCCCUCAGCAAUAGCCUGAGAAAUCCAGAGCUUAAGGUCGUCUUGUGGAGAGCUCCUACUGGGGGCAUCAGCGACUUCCAACAAGCAUUCCUUGCAAAGGUUCCUUCUAUUCGGAGCAGGCGAAGAACAAUUAAUGCAUUUAUUUGACUUUUCCCGUGAUUUUCUCGCUGGAGAAUCCAAAUGAAUGCUGGGGCUGGAAUGAAGCCAUAUAUGACAUAUAUUACAGGCUCAGUAUGGCACUCUUUUAACAACACCCCCCCCCAAUAAAAUUAAGAAAUGGCUCACCUAUGUUUUCUAGAGAGGGAUCUUGCAGAGGCAGAGGGAGAAUCCAUACUAUAAAGAAGAACCAAAGGAAAAUCCAAGACCUAAUUCCCCAAAGGGAUAAAUAGGCAAACUGACAAAGCAAUACUUCCAAUAAGUAGUAAAAACAGCAAUCCUACCUUAAAGAGCAGAACAUCCACUAUGCAGCCAGGCAGCAGAUAGGAGUAGCUGGGCACAAACUGGACACCAAUGCUUUCCCCAGGGGUAAACCAACAUAAGGCUAGCAGAUAUAGCGCCAAGGCAGCUGUAUUAGAUGCUUUAAAAAAGGUCCGGGCAGCGAACAGCUGAUUGCCCGGUUCGCGCAUGCGCAGAGCGCUGGAACGCACGCUAUGCGUUCCAAACGCUCGCGACCGGCAUGCAAAUUACUUCCGGUUUCGCCGGAACCGGCUGCGAGCAACAAACAGUCGGCUGGAACGCAUAAUGCGUUCCAGCCCCCAAUGCCCGGGCACACAGGGAGCCCCAGGGAGCAGGGAAUCCUGCACAGCCUCACAUUAACCCAUCAGAGGCUGGAACAGAGCCAGGGAGCAGGGAAGGCACCAAACAAGAGGCAAGAAACAGAUCCUAAAGGACAAGACCCCUAAGCAUGGAUUCAAAUACUGCCAACAAGGUAUGGGGGGGGAUAUAUAACCCCAAUUAGUAGGGGCAGGCUGAAAACAGGGGGAAUUUUUAAGGCUAACCAACCCCACAAAUAAACAGAAACAGUGUCUCCCUCAAACACUUACUUCCCACGCUGCAGUUCAGUACUUACACUGAACCUGACCCAGUUAGUCCUGCUCAUGCAGGCUGUUUACUGGGUCCUUCAAAUGAAGAGAGGCUGAACUUCAUUUGGAACGAACCCACGACAAACGCAGGAAGGUGGCCAUAAAACAAAAUGUAAAAAGUCCUGUAGAACUUGCUAAGGACAGGAAAAAAGACUGAGGUGUAGGGGGAGGAGGGACUCCUUAUACCUAUCAGUCUGAUUAAUUAAUCUAAUUAAUUCCUGUCCUGUGACUGCUAAGGGAGGAGCUACCCAUAAGUGAUGCUGCCAUGAUUAGCCAGGAAAGUGCACUUUGAGAGAACACACGUGUCCGCUAUGGCCCACCGCUUUUCUCACAAAAGUGAUAAUGGCAAAAUGUCGUUUUCUCAAUAACCAUCCAAAAUAUUUCAACCACGUUAAAUUUCACUUCCUCGUUGUCUUUAGAAAACGUUAAAUUUUAUUAGCACGCAGUGAUUGGCGUUGAAUGCUGGACUGUCCCAGGUUUGGCUGCUCCAGGUCUCUGAAAUCCUUUCUCCCUCUCUGCAAGCAUCAAAUUGCCAUUUGAUGACUUUUUAGUUCAAAGUAAGCAAACUGUAAAAAAAUCUCCAAGUAGACAUGCUUUAGUUUCUACUGCCACAAUUAUUUCAUGAAAUAAGCCGUUCAAACAACCCCUCAAAUCCAAUUUAUUUCAGAAAAAUGAACUUUGUCAAGAAAGCACGGCUAGGAUAAGAUGUUCUAGAAAACUGACUGAUUGGAUUUUAGGUGUUAGCCUAGACACCUAUCCAUAUCCUGCCAUUCAAACUUAUCAUCUUUCUCAUCUGUCUUUUCCUGCUGCUUUAAGCAUUUUUUGAUCAGACUUGAUAAGUGAGCGAUAAUCUUGUCAUUCCGUGCCAGAUGUCUGUAAUUAUUACAUGUUAGCAACCCCUUAAUAAUCCCUUUAAAACAAAUCUCCUGCUUUAUUAGGGGGGGAACCACUAAUAACGUCAAGACAUGCCAACAAUGCAAAAGGGCAGUCACGGAUAAAUCAGUGAACGGAAUGUCUCCGAUUUAAAUAUGGCGGGGGAGAAUGUCCUUCUCUGCAGAAUUCACUGUAUUUAAUACAAUGAUAUGCAUAAUUUAAUCACUAUGUUUUUAUACUGAUUUAUAUUUAAUGUAUAAUUUCUUGUUUUUGAGUAGGUUAUUGAUUGCAGAGUUUUUAAGUUCUACUGAAUUUUAGUCUAUGUUUUUGAAUCUAUGUUUUGUCUGGGGAAAUGAACAAAUCCCACAUAGAUCUUGGCAGACACAAAGAUUGUGUAAUGAAAUUGAUUUGUCUAGUGUUCUUUAAUAUUUUUCAGGUGGGGCUUUUCCGUACACCAUUGGCCGCAUUAAUCAUGGCUUCAACGUUCGUCCCGAUCUUUGCGCAAUUGAUAACACGCUCCCUCCACAAAAAUACUUGGGUUCAUUUUAUACAGAUUCUCUUGUACAUGAUCCACAGGCCUUGAAGCUUCUAGUAAAAAGAAUUGGAAAGGUGAGUCAAUCGUUUUAAACAUACUACGGAUCAAGCACCCUAAAACUAAUUAUUCCACCAAAUGUUGAUAAUACUUUAUUUCAACACUUUUAUAUUUAUAAAACAAAAUUAUAGCCUAUGAGGAUAUACCAAUUCACUUUUCCCUGACCACCUUUGCUAUAUGGAGCUCCGAUGCCUUUCCUCUUCUACAAUAUUUCUACUCCCACAUCUUUUGAAUCUACUUGUCUUGUCGCCCCUACCCAAAAUCCCAGAUUUCCGCUCUGUGUAGCUAUAUAGCUGUGCACUCUUCUCAAAACUCCCUGUAUUAUAAAAAAAAACAAAGAGAACGUUACCUGCGCUUUGGCCUAAAUCCCCAUGAACAUUUAAACAAAAUGGAGGCUCUUUAGUUUUAUUCCAAUGGCCAUUUGAAUAUAUAAGCUCACCUGCCACGUCAAGGCAAGCCACACAAACACACACACAUACAUACAAACACACACACAUACAUACAAACACACACACAUACAUACAAACACACACACAUAUAUACAUACAAACACACACACAUAUACAUACAAACACGCACACACAUACAUACAAACACACAUACAUACAUACAAACACACACAUACACACACAUAGACACAUACAUAAAAAAACAGAGAGAGGCAUUCACACACAUACACACAUACAAACACAUAAAUACAGACACAUACAUACAAACACACACAGUCACAUACAUACAGACAGACACACAUACAGAGAAACAUUGAUACAGACACACAAAUACACACACAUACAUACUAACACACACAUAUACAGACACAUACAAACACACUGACAGGGUACCUUUUGUGUGGACACAGGAUGUGUCUCACACUGAAGACUGUUUGCAAAGUCCUGGGGACCUGUCCAACCAUUUUCCCACUGCUUCCAGUCAUUUUCGCGUCGGCCGCGAUAGCUCCGCCCCUUUUAUGCCGUGAAAAAGGGGCAUCGACAUAGUGACGCUGAUGAUGUCACAAAUCACCAAAACAUCCAAAAAAUGAAAAUUUGGGGGUGUGGCUAUCGUCCAAGCCAGAUACAGCCACAGUAUAAAAAGGAUUUCGUGGGUUAGGUUCCUUGCCCUGUUGUGGUUCUUCUUAGUCCCAAUAGCACGUUGUAUUUGUUUGUAUUUUCUGUUUUUUGACUUCGGCUUGCUUGGCUAUUCUCCCUUCUGUUAUCCUUUUGACUCGGCUUGUGUAUUCUCAUCUUUCCUACCUUUCAGGUGCAGAAGGGUGACAUUUCCUGGGGUCCAGUGGCUUAGCUCUGACUCCCUCCUCUCCUUACUCCACCCGUGCGGCUCCCGGUGUAAGCUGGGAGGAGUGACCAGGGCAGUCACUUCCUUUCAGCUCUGAUGUCAUCUCAGGGGGCCCGGUCAUGCUAUUAAAGUGCCCCAAUGCUGACAGGGCCCCCUGGAAUCUCCUAAAAGCAUGGGUCACCUGAUGGACCCCUUCAAUGCAGCCCCGGUGGUCAAAGCCGGUGGGCAUCGGGGUCGCAGGGUGGCCAGGCCCCCUGGAGUGACGGGCCCGUUCGCAGCAGCGACCUCUGCGACAGCAGUAGUUCCGUCACUGAGUGCGGGUGUUGGUAGAAUAGUCACUAUUUGCCUACAUUUGCUGGGCUACAUAGUGAACUAAAUAUUGCCCUAAGGAUGGUAAACCACGAAGUACAUCAGUGUAAAGAAAAGAAAGGGAUACAAUUGCUAAGCUCCUUAUUACUGCUAAACAAAGUAUCCAGUGAUUAUUAUGUAGCGAUGGGUGUAGGAGCAGGGAAAAGUGAAUAUGAAGGGUAUGCACAGGGAAAGCUAAUAGUCGAUACUGAAUCUAUGCCUUCAAGGGCACCCCUUAACCCAAAAAAAACGUGAGUUCCUAAAUGAAGGUAGAUGGAAGCCAACCCACAUCCUAAGGUGCAAUCGCUUGAGAACGCUGGAUCUAAAGAUAGUGCUAGUUUUAACCAAAAUGAUCGUAACCGUUAUACUUCAUCCGAAAUGGUAGGAAGGAUACUGACACGCUUGUAAUAAAGCCAUUACUGUCUUAAUAAGAGCACACUUCUGAUACAGUGGCUAUCAUAUGCGUCUGUCAGAUUCCCCGACACGCGUUUUGCCACUCUGGCUCAUAGCCAUAACUUUGCAUUCAUUUCCCCGGGCUGAAAAUAAACUAGCUGCAUGAGUUGUGUUAUCAAGUCGCAGGGCUACUAGUUAUGGUUCACUAGUAGCGUUCCCAUAUCCAUAACUUCCUUAGUUUUACAAAUACUCACUGCACAAUUACAUGACUCCACAAUACAAUUUCUCAAAAUUUGGGACCAUUAGUUGAGUUGAGAUUUAUCUUUGUUUCUGCCAUCCAUCUCUUCUAGGGUUUUUUGGGAUGUAAAUCUCUAUUGUUACUAGAGUUACAAUAGUUAUGACCUCCCCCCACCCCUAUUCUUUCUGGUAGCCUUCCAUCAUGGACUCCCACACAACUCUUCUCUUUAGCUUGUCUCUCUUCUUAGUUCUUUCUCCACCCCUUUGUCAACCUUUUCUUAUUCCUUUCUUUAUUUCUUGUAUAUUGUUCUUAUCCCUACCCUACUACCCCUUGCUAUGUUAUAUUUCCCUUUCCCUCACCCACCUCGUCCUCACGGCUCUUAGAAUUAAGGCCCAGGUAAUUAGCAUUAACCAGGUUUAGCACUUCCUCACUUAUUUAUUUACACAACUUGCAACCAAUUAUUCAAUCCCUUUCUGGGCCUGAGAUCACACUUUCUCCUUCUCCUUUUUCUUUGCCCUCCAUAUCUUGGUAAUUAUAAUGAUCUCGAUAUGCUCGAGUGUCAUUAUAUCUCAUCUGGAUCCCGUGCCAUGAUUAUAGCGUGGCUUCUAAUCAGUCCAUAUGCUAUUUUAUUAGCUUUGGUUUACUUUUACUGGGUGGAAUCCUUGUUCCUUCCUAUACCUUACAUUACUUAUCCUCUGAUGUGUUGUAUAUGGAUGCUACUGCAAACUUCAAAACAAAGCAUUUAAAUAAUAAUCAUGUAGCAAAUUCAAUUGUGAAUGGCAAAAUGUAGAUGAAAAUUGCUUAUCUAGAAAAAUCCUCCAGUUCCUCUCUAGCACACUUUGGCUGCUGUAGCGCAAAAUUCGCCUUUUGAUUUAAAUUUGCUACAAGUCGGAAUUAAGUGAAAAACACUUUAAGGCUGAUUGUGAUAAAAACCAGUAGUUCUAAUCUGUUCUGAAUUCAUUCAUGAAAAUAUGAUUGAAUUUUCUUAACUAUGAUCUAAGUCAUAAAAUCCCCCUAUAUAUAAACAAUCGAGCCAAUCUAAAAUAUAUAAACCUAUCCGUGGGAUUAUAAGAAAGCCAAUGCCACUUUUCACGUGGCGUUAUCUUAAUCUGCACAAUGUAAUUUUAUAUACAGACUGCCUCACAGCGAAAUCAUUACCCUAGAACAAUCGUAACCACCCGCUGGGGAGUAAAAAUCACAGCGUGGACAGCAGGCGUAAUCUAUAAAUAAUCACAUAGCAAACAAGGGAGCAUUCUGCUUCUGGAUGUAACGUAAAUACACACUGCGCAGGAUGAUAGAUGUCUUACAUGGGAUGGUUACAUGCAAUUGGAAGGAGACAGAGAUACAUCCUUGUUGCAAGAACAGGCAAGAGAUACAAGUGCAGACAACAGUUUCAAGAUCAUGCAAACCCAUACGUCAUGUUAAAUUGGAUUCUAUGCUUUAGGGAAUAUGGGUCCAAUGUCUGGCAUUGCAUAAUAUCAGGUAUCUAGUGACCCCUAGUGGAAUUUCUAACUAUUACAACUGGUUAUUGUCCUAAGCAGAGUUCAUGUUAUCCCUCGAAGGGGAACCAAUGUUUUUCUGGAAAUCGCCCCACCAAAAAACACAUUAAAAAUCACUUAUAAUGCGUACUAACCUUUUUUUUCAUGUGAUACUUCAUUUUGUUUUGAAUGUACAGUAAAGAUUUUACAAAUUACAUCAAAAUCCAGCUCAUUCCGGGGCGAUCAUUGCGUUAAAGCGAAAAUAAAAACAUGUUUCUAUUUCUCCUUCACUCUCUGUGCUUGCGCUAGUGACUGAGGGCAGUUAAAGGGGCAGAGCGUAUAACAAUGAUUGAUGUGGAGCUAGGAUGGGGGCUCCUAAAACUAAAUGCAAAAUUGCCGUUUUCUACAAUGAAUUUUAUUUUAGACAUUGCAAACACUAAUUAGGUCAAUUCAAGGGAAAAGGGAAAAAUAAGCAUAAUAUUAAAAAUCUUAGUAUUUCUUCUAUAUUUUUUAUUGUAACACUAACCUGUUUAUUUUGUAACAGGGCUCAUGAGAAUUCAAUGUGAAUUCAAAGUUAAUUUAAAAUUUAAAGUGAAAAGAGCAGAAUUAGAAAAAUGUUAUAAGUCAACCAUGCUUUCAUUUCAGCUACUCAAAUUUAGAAUUCCCUUUCGUAAAUAACCCUGUCAAAGUUUGAAUUAUGGGGACAUCAAAGUGGUGAAUUCAAAGUGAAUUUCAAAAUUAACAUCAAAUUAACUAAACUGGAGAAUGCUUACAGUUUGGCUACUUUACCCUCAAAUUUGAAAUUCAAGUUAGUGUUUGCACAAUAUACAAAUAUAUCAAGGAGUGGGAUUGUCAGAAGUAAACGUGUGUACAUAGAAAUCGGCACUUUUUUUAUAAUGAGACAAGCAUGGUGCAUAUUCAAGAAGACUUAGCAAUGAAGUUUGAGUAAAUGGUGAGAUAGGUGAGUGAUAAGUGGUAAACCACCAGGUUGUGGCAGUUUUGCUUUGGCAUAGUACGUGUCACUAGAAUGUCAAAGUUAGAUGCAGCAUAGACUCAUACAGCAAAGAGAGAACUAGAACUAAGAUGUCUAUCGUUACUCUUGGUGUACUAUAUCUAUGAGGAUAGACUUAAGAUGGGUCCUUGAUGAUGUUUCAGUUGCAGGCCUGAUGUGUACAAUAGAGGUGUGAGAGUAAGAUGGGUCAUAAAUAGAAAAUUGGAGCUUGUCGUGGAACAUGGGUGUGUUCUUGGCUAGCAUGUUCAGGUUUGUAGCUUUCACCUUCUUAGCCUAAUUAACCGUUAGGCAAAAAAGGGGGGGACAAUGGAGAAAUUAGCUAUUCGGUCUAAAAAGGGUUGAGGUAAUUAUCCUGCUCUAUGUGUGAGUAAGGAUGUGGGCUUUUGUGCACUGUGGGGAAGAGGUUGCCUAAGUGCAUGAGUCCCGAACUGGGACUGUAAGAGGUAGUCCUAUUUUGAGGUCAGGUUUUGGCUUUGACCCGUCCCCCCGAUGUGGCCAGCCUGGGCGCAAAUUCUGCAGCAAUCCCUGGGUUCCAUCUGUGGGUCGGUUGAGGCGCUGCACUCGGGGCGCCAAUGCUGAAGGAGUGUUGGGGGAUUCCCAAGCGCUGCAGCAUCAUUGCAGCUUCCUGGAGGUCCUGAAUGAUGUGGGUUGAAUCCCCGUGGAGGACUGACAAUGAUCGAGAUGGGCACCAUCGGUAGCAUAUUUUGUGCUGUUGUAGAAGGGAGGUGAGUGGUCAUAGUUCCAUGCCUGAGUGCUGUCGCAUAGGUCCGCAUAGAAUGUCAGUGACAUGUCUUGAAGAUGUAAGGUGAGUUGCCCCUUAGAGCAUUCAGGACAUCUGCCUUGUCUUUUCCAUUUGGGAAUUGGAUUAUCAGGUCCCUUGAUGUUGUAGGUGGUGCUUUUGCUGGUUUGGGUACCCGGAAUAUGCCUUCUGUGACUAUUGUUUAGGACUGUUUGGGUGUUAGUAAGGCUGUCAGCAACCAUCUCACCACAUGUGGGAGCUCUGCUUCGGGUACUCUUUCAGGGAUCUGCCGAAAUUUCAGAUUAUUCCGGUGCCGGGAGUCGUCUUGUGCAGCAAAGCGGCAUUCAUAGGAGUGAUUUUGCUUUUGCAAGUCGCUGACCUCUUGUUGAAGAGUUAUGAUCUGCUGUGUGCAGGAGUGUGAGUUAGUUUCCAGUGCUCCAAUUCGGCCUGUCAGGCCCUGCAGGUCCUGGUGUAUCAUGGCCAUGUCUGCAUGAAGGUUUUUUUUGCAGGUCAACCAGUGGCUCUUUUAAUAUUGUAGUUGUCACCAGAGCUGAGUCUGGUUUCAUUAGGGGGUCGGCGGUGAAGGCGCCUGAUCAGGUAUCUAGCCUUCCUCUGUUCCACAGGAGAAGUCGUCUGAGAGGUCCGAGCAGUCCCCAGUGAUGAAUGCCAUUUUGGGCCUGUGAGCGUCAUGAGCAUGCCACCACAAAUCCCCAAUAUUCAUGCCCAGUCGGGGUGCAUCCUGCCGUAGUUUUUUCAUCUUUUUCCCCGUGGGUCUUAAGCACGCUGGGGAGUUCUUCAGAAGAAAAAUAAGGCUGGUCUGGAUGCCGAAAAUUCGGACUGUUCAUUACGUUCUUUACGGACUGUAGCGGUGCAGUACGGCUUUUGGGAAGACCAAUCAGGAGAGGGUUACAAUAAUCCAUGCGGGAAAUUACUAGAGCAUGGACAAGCUCCUUGGUAGUAUCUGGUGCAAGAAAGGGGCGAAUGCGGGCUAUGUUUUUAAGAUGGAAUCUACAGGAUUUGGCAACAUGCUGGAUGUGAGGCUCAAAGGUGAGGCCAGAAUCAAGUAUGACGCCAAGACAGCGCGCUUGCAAGGAUGGACUGAUGUGGGUACCACAAACUUGAAGGGAGAGCGAGAGAGGAGGAUCAGUAUUAGGAGGAGGAAAGACAAGGAGCUCAGUUUUAAUUAUGAGCACAUUUUAUAGUUUGCAUUUUAUUGUUUCUUAUUUGUUUAUUUAUUUGUUUAUUUUAGUAAUUUACAUUUUAUUGUGAUAGCAUUGUAGUUGACAUAAGCUGAGCUGGUUUUAUUUAUUUUACAGUGGAUUACGUCAUAUUUAAAGUUGUGCUCUUUAUUAGUUUGCUGGAUCAGAUAUGGCUAAACAUGGCACCAUUGCUGAGCUAUAUUUCCCAGAAUGCUCGGUGUAUAUAGCACAGGAUGGGUUCCACAGAUGGAAGCUUAGAACCUUGGAGACAGAAUUUGUGAUCUGCAUUGUGUCAAUCAGUCUUCACUGGUCCCAGUAGUAACAAAACCAAUCUCAGCAGCAUUAAAUUGACUAACCUGAUCCUGAUUGGUUUCUAACUCUGUUCAUUUAUUUUAAUUUAUAUUUAUGGUGAUUCUGCAUAAAAAGACAGGAUAAAGUAUGAGAGACAUGCUAGCAAGAAUUGGAAAUUGUAUUCGAAAUUAGAAAAUGGAAUGAACAAAAUGUACUUCUUAGGACACAUGGAAAUUGGGAAGGGCGGGUGAGAACUUACCUCACUGUAAAUGGAGAGUUUGAGUAGGUAAGGCCUUAAGUUGAUAACCAGCCUUGACAAAAUCCAUCAAUUCAUAAAUAAUUUUUCGAAUUUCUUAACUAAUAUAUAUAUUUAUCUCCCCACAUCUAGGACAAAGUGCUCCUGGGAACUGAUUAUCCAUUUCCUUUAGGAGAACAUAGCCCAGGGAGGUUGAUUGAAUCUAUGGAAGACUUUGAUGAGAAGUUAAAAGUAGGAUUUUAAAAAAUGUAUUUAUUUAAUUUUCGAUUGCAAGAAUUUUCUAUCCUGUAAAUGUUUGUUUAUAUUUUCCCCACAUGUGGCAGCCUCAGUCAUUCUGCAUUCUAAUAUUUAUAAGUCAUUAUUACAAAUAAAACUAUAUAUAAAUUAUAUAAAUUAUUAUAUGGUAAAUAUAUUUAUAGUAUCUUCAUAAAACUAACAUUACUAAAAGUGAAAAUGAUAGAGGGGUAUUCAGUCUGAUACACUCUGAAUUAGCAAAAUGUGGCGAUUAUCAUCAGAUUGUUCCUGUAUUUGCAAAUUUGAUCAUUAAUAAUAGGGAACAAAGUAUUUAUGUGAAAACAUCUGGUAAUCCUGCUUGAAAGGAGAUAUCUUCAAUACAGCUUUCAUGUUUAUUAUAUUUUUGAUUCUUUCGAUAACUAUAUCAUCAUCAUUUCACUGUUUUUAUUUUAUAUUUUUGAUACAACAAAUAAUGAUUCUUAUUCAUGCUGUAUCAUGUUAGUAGUUUAUUGUCUCAGAGCGCACCAUAUUGGUAGCCUUAAUUUAUUCCAUUUUAGCAUAUUGCAUUCGGAGAUCACUAUUGUCAUCACUAGUGCAAAAAUUCAGGCAACCAAAAAGACAAAAUAUGUUUGCCACAUAGGAACAUAAAAACAAUGUUGCCAUUUAUGGGUUAAAGGAACACUAUAUUCACCUAAAUUAAUUUAGCUAAAUAAAGCAGUUUUAGUGUAUAGAUGAUUCCCCUGCAAUUUCACUGCUCAAUUCACUGUCAUUUAGGAGUUAAAUCACUUUGUUUCUGUUUAUGCAGCCCUAGCCACACCUCCCCUGGCUAUGAUUGACAGAGCCUGCAUGAAAAAAAAACUGAUUUCACUUUCAAACAGAUGUAAUUUACCUUAAAUAAUUGUAUCUCAAUCUCUAAAUUGAACUUUAAUCACAUACAGGAGGCUCUUGCAGGGUAAGCUAUUAACAUAGCAGGGGAUAAGAAAAUCUUAAUUAAACAGAACUUGCAAUAAAGAAAGCCUAACUAGGGCUCUCUUUACAGGAAGUGUUUAUGGAAGGCUGUGCAAGUCACAUGCAGGGAGGUGUGACUAGGGUUCAUAAACAAAGGGAUUUAACUCCUAAAUGGCAGAGGAUUGAGCAGUGAGGCUGCAGGGGCAUGUUCUAUACACCAAAACUGCUUCAUUAAGCUAAAGUUGUUCAGGUGACUAUGGUGUCCCUUUAAAGUUGUUCCUCUUUAAAAUCUCAUAAAACGGGAGUUUCACAAGCAGACGGAAGACUAAUAAUAAAAUGUGUGCAUAAAGUGAAACAAAAUGGCAGUGUUAAUAACAGACUGAUGCCUACUCUAUCUGUAAUUAAAGGAAAACUCCAAUGGAAACAUUUAGCAGAUAUGCCCCCAAUUAAAACAUGUAUGUAUUUAAUUCAUUCAUUUUUUUUUUUUUACUGGGGGAAUAUUCAAAAGCAGCUUGUAAAAGCUGCAGAUCUCUUGUCUGCAGCCUUUGCAAACCUUCCCUUUUAAUCCCCCCCGAUUUUCUGUGGCUGUCCAAUCAGAGACUCCCCAAUGCAGUUUAAUGAGACGUCUUUGGAAGGCAGGUGCUCUGUGCAAUUGCUGCCUCUUGAAUUUAGCUCAAGCUUCAGUACGAUGAAAAAAUUAAAAACAUUCUUCACAUAUAACGCAUUUCAGCAAGCUAAAGUGCUUUAGGUGUGUGGCGUGUUCCUUUAAGGCUCACACAGCUGCCUAUGAUGUAAUAUCUUAGGAAAAGGCAUAUUUCUAAGGCCUCCAGGUUAAUAGGGGGUCCAGAGACACCCACUUGUUUAUAUAUAUCUAUUUAGUCAUUUUUCUUCAGAGUGAUUUGCCUGUUAGCUGUUUCCACAACCAGUGGGCAAACAUUGCAAAACUGGUGGAUUUAAUUUGUGAAUGUGCCUCUGAUUGAAUGGUUCUAAACCAGGUGGGUUCAUUUAGCAUUUUGCUGUACGUAGAAUUCAUGUGCUGCUGGAAGGACAUAAUUGCUGGCAUCCCUCCUUGAUUGAUCACUUGGUUUCCUUCCAGCGGUGUUUGAAUUCUACAUACUGCUGUGAAUUAUCACAAACACAAAGGUAAUUAAACAUUUUAGGCCAAAACAGGCAAAUUAAAAAUACUGUUCACUUUGAGUAGUUUUACAAUUUUGCUAUUUUGGCCUAGAAUAUAAAAUUCAGAAUUUCAGACAAUUCACAUUUUAAUACUGCUUAAAAUAUGUUAAAUGCAUCUUAUGAAACACAGAGGAUGUGGAAACCCCCACCAUUAUUUACAGACAGGGUUUGCUCAGUAAAUUAAGAAUUCAAAGUGGAUUUAAAGUAGAUUUCAAAUUUAAGAUCAAAGUAGCUGUACUGGAACUAUGGCUUCGUUGUGUUUUUUGAAAUUUGAAAUUCACUUUGAAUUAAUCUGAAUUCUCACUGUAGUGAAAAAACCUGCUAAUAUAUAAAUGGAUAUUUGGCUCUGUAUAUUUGGAAAAGAUGUUCAGUGAGGGGUUACAACUCAACAUAAAAAGACUCGGAGACACCACAAGGUUGGGUAAAAGUGAUUUUAUUUUUUUAUUUUUUUAAAAUUCUUUAUUUUAUUUGCGCAUAUAUUUAACAAUCAUUUUUGCACUGCCACGACAGCUGGUGCAAACAUAAUGGAUACAUGCUGUAACAGAUAUGUGGCAUAAUAAAAAAAACAGUGCACAUUUUUAUAUACACAAAACCAAGUCGCUAUCUUUUGUCCGAGUACAGGCUUUGUAUGGCAGCAACUAAUACAUUUUUCAUUCUCAGGCAUGCAUUCAUUGUUAGUUAUUUUAUUUUACACUACACCUGUUAGCCGGGUGUAGUCUGUAUAUGUUGCGUGUUCUCUGUGGUUCGCAAAUAUUGGGGCCUGUAUUGUAUGGGGAAAUUAUCAAGUCAUGCAGGAGGUCUUAGCCUGCGUUGAGUAGCGCGUUGACUGUUUUUCCCUCGUCUCCACAGCUCUACGCGCGCACCGCCACCGCUCUCCCCCACCCUGUGAGUUGCAUUUGCUCUACUUAGCUUUGUGUUUUGAGUAUAGUGAGGGAAAGAAAGAGAAAGACAGAAAGUGGGGUAUUAGUGGUGAAUGAGGGGGGGGUGUGGGGGUUAGAGGCAUCAGCGAUUCUUUCUAGUGUUCGACAUGCUAUUGAUGGGAGGGCAUGUUGGGCCUCUCUAUGCUAGGGGGCUGUUAUCCCAGGGUGCCCAUAUUUUUUGGAACUGUUUUUCUGUUCCCCUAACUCUUGCCGUCAGGUCGUCCAUUGUGCGUACCUCUCUUAUUCUAGUUAUGACCCCUGCUACCGCCGGGGUUGUUGGUUUAAGCCAAUCUGCUGCUACUGCUCUCCUCGCUGCUAGGGUUAUUUUAUGAAUGAGUUUUUGUUCUCGUCUGGUCCACCCAUCUAUCGUUCUACUUAGUAGGAACAGCCACGGGUCUAGGGGGGGGACUCUGGACAGGACCUGGGUUAGUAGCUCACUUAUUUGUUCCAGAAUCUCACUAUUACUGGGCAUUCCCACCACAUGUGGAUAUACGUCCCUUUCAUGCCACAUCCUCUCCAGCAUGUGUCAUUUGGGUUCUUUCUCAUUUGGUGUAAUCUUACAGGAGUGGUAUACCAUCGGAGCAUAGUUUUUACCGCUUGCUCUUGUAUUGUUACGCAAACUGAGGACUUAUGAUUGGCUUCCCAUAUCUCCUGCCACUCAAUGCCUUCUAAUUGUUCCCCCAGGUCUCUCUCCCAUUGCUCUGUGUAAACUAGGUCUCCCCCUGCAUUAGGUUCCGAGCAGAGGUGGGCGUAAAGCCGAGUUAUCAGACCCGCCGGGAUAUGAUCCUGGAGGCAGAUGAGUUCGAAAAAGGUCAUGGUUUGUUUGGCCGCUGUUCUGACCCAGGGAAGUGUCACAAAGUCUUUUACCUGGAGGUACCUAAAAAAAUCGGCGGGUGUGAGGUGUCCGUGUUGCUGUAGUGUGUCAAAGGCCACCACCCCUGUAUCCUGCACUAGCUGAUAGAUGCGCUGUAAACCUAUCCUUUCUAGAUUACAGAAGUUCCGUGCUGCCAUACCCGACGGGAAUGCUCUAUUCCGCAGGAAAGGCAUCAGAGGGGAUGGGGCGGACACCAGUCUGUGUCGCUGUUGGUUUUUGUCCCAAAUAUUUAUGGAGUUCAGUAUUGCUGGACACGUAACCCUUAUAAUAGGUCUGUGAGCCCUGGGGACCCAGAUAAGCAAUUGUGGUAUGUCUGCCCCCACCAUCAGUGACUCCAAAUCCACCCAUUUUCGUUCUCCCGGUGGCGAGUGCCACAAAGCUAUUUGCGCCAGUUGUGACGCUAGGUAGUACUUGUAAAGGUCGGGCAAUCCCAACCCCCCCCUGUCUUUGGCCUGUGCAAUAUUUGUCUCGUGAUUCUAUGUCGUUUAUUGUGCCAUACGAAAUUUCCUAUCGCUUGCUGGAGGGGUGCUAAGUGGGCUUUAGAUAUAUGAAUGGGUAGAGACUGGAAAUAGAAUAGUAUCCUAGGGAGAAUGUUCAUCUUAACUGCAUGAAUUCUGCCUAUCCAAGAAAUAGGCCUAUCAUUCCAGUUUUCUAGUUCCCUUAUUAAUUGUUUUAUGAGUGGUGUGUAGUUCUGUUGCCAGAGUUGGUCCGGGUCUGCCGUCAACGUGAUGCCUAAAUAUUUAAUUGAUUGUCGUUCUAUGCGUAUGUGGUAUGUCCUCUGAAUGAGUGCUAUGUCCCUAUCAUCUAUCUCUAUUGGGAGGGCGCUGGAUUUAGUCAUGUUGACUUUGUACCCUGAGAUCUUCCCAUAGUCUUCUAAAAUUCCCUGCAAUGCCCUCAUCGAGUUAAUCGGGUCGGUGAUCGUCAGGAGCACAUCGUCCGCGUAUGCCGAAGUAAGAAAUUCUCUCCCUCCCACUCUAACCCCCUGUACGUCUGGGUGGCACCUGAGAGCUUGGAGCAGUGGUUCCAGUGAGAGGACGAACAAAAGCGGGGACAAUGGGCAUCCCUGUCUGGUGCCAUUGUGAAGGCGGAACGGGAUAGGCGGGGCGCCAGUGAUUUUCACCUGUGCACGUACAUUGCUGUACAUGGCUUUUAUUAAUGUGAUGGCCUGUGUGGGAAAUCCCAUAUGGGACAAGAGCGUGAAUAGGUACGUCCAUGAGACCCUAUCAAACGCUUUCUCAGCGUCUAAGGAGACCAGCAUAGUCGGUGUGUGGGUAAUUUUUUGCUUCCAGAUGAGGUCUAUGUUCCUGCGUGUGUUCUCAAACAGCUGUCUGGUCUGCACGAAUCCCACCUGGUCUGCAUCUACCAGAGAUGUCAGGUAGGGGUUCAGUCUUGUCACCUGUAUUUUAGCUAGUACUUUCAUGUCGUGAUUUAUCAAAGAGAUGGGCCUAUAACUAGUUGGUGUGCUCAUGUCUUUGGCUGGUUUUGGCAGCAGGAUGAUAUUUGCUAUUGACAUGUCUGCGUGUGGGGUGCCUCCUGUUCUAAAUUCGUUGAACAUGGCUGUGAGGUGUGGAGCUAGUUCGUCUCUAAAUUCCUUAUAGUAGCUCCCGUCAAACCCGUCUGGGCCUGGGGCUUUGUUCCCUUUCAUGGCAGCUAUGGCUUGUGUGACUUCCUCCGUUGUGAUUUCUGCCGCCAAUGCUUCCCUGCCUUCCUGCGCUAGUUUGGGUAGCCCUAAGUCUGCCAGGAAUUGCUGUGUCAGCGCCUCUUCCCCCGCCACCCGCGCUUCCGAUCCUGGGGAGUGAUUAUAUAGGGAUUUAUAGUAUUCCGUAAAGACUUCCGCUAUGUUCCGUGGGGAGGUUUUGAUUGAACCGUCGGUGUGUCUGAUCGAUGUGAUAUGUCCCCCUCUAUGUCUGGGUUUCAGUACUCUAGCCAAAAGCGUAUCCAUUUUGUUUGCGUGUUCAUAAAAGGUUUGUCUGGACCACAGAAUAGAUUUUGCGGUGUCGUCCAGAAGAAGUUGGCGUAUUGCCAGGCGUAUUUCCCCUAGUUUUCCGGCCGUAAUUUCGUCGGGGUUGUUCUGAUGUUGUUGUUCUGUCUUCUUAAGAUCGGUCAGUAGGCCUUCUAGUUCCUGGAACUUUAAUUUUUUUUUGGCUGUUGCCAGUUUUAUGAGAGUGCCCCUGAUUACUGUCUUGUGGGCAGCCCAGACUGUCGUUGACGCCAUAUCUGGCAUGGCGUUGGAUUCAAAGUAGCUCUUUAUGUCUGUUCUAAUUUGGGUUGUUAUGUUCUGGUCUUUCAGUAGGGAGGCAUUUAGUCUCCAUGUCCACGGGGUCGUUUCUGUUAGCUUCCCCAGUGUCAGUGAUAUAUCGGCAUGAUCCGACCAGGUAAUGGAUCCUAUGUCCGUGUUAGUUAUUUGCGGUAGACUUUUGUUGUUCACGAGGAACAUGUCUAUUCUGGAGUAGGAUUUGUGAGGGGCCGAAUAGAAAGAAUAAUCCCGUGCUGUCGGACGAUGUGCUCUCCAGACGUCCACCAACCCCGAUUCCGUCAUGAAUCUGUGGAGCAAUUUGUCUUGGCUCCCCCUCCCCUGCGAUCUUUGUAUACCGCUGCCUGCCCUUCUAUCUAUGGCCGGGUUCGGCGUCGCGUUUAAGUCGCCCCCCACAAUAAUCAUUCCAUGGCUUAGGGUCUGGAUUUUGUCCUGCAGUGACUCCCAGAAGGCUGGCUCUGGGCGAUUAGGUGCAUAUACGUUGAUUAAAUGGAUGGGAUGGGACAGUAGGGUACCCGAGACUAUAAUGUAUCGACCCCCCGCAUCUGGUUCUGUGGAUGUGACUCUGAGUGGGCAGCUAUUGCGAAUGAGUAUCGCUACCCCGUUGCGUUUGCAUGUCCUAGCUUCAUGCGUUGUAUGGUAUGUAUGGUCCCUCAACUGGAAUUUGGCCUGUUUCGGUAAGUGCGUCUCCUGUAUAAAUGCGAUGUCGGAUCGCAUUCGUUUAAGCUCUUUAAAUAACAGUCUCCGUUUCGUGGGGGAGUUUAGUCCCUUCACGUUCAGUGACGUUAUUUUAACCGCCAUAUCUCCAUCCCGUUUGAUCUGCUGUUGCCCGCGCCCACCUCUGCUCGUCACCCGUGCCUCCCCGAUACGUCCUGAUGCCUCCCCCCCAGGGGUGUAGGGAAACUGGAAAAGGGGGGUAUAGAAAGAAUAAAGAUAAGUAAAGAAAGGAAAUGAAAAGAUGUGGUGCACUCCCCAUGCUCCACCAGCGUUGUCUGGUCUUACGUUUCGCCAGAUUUUCGUGGGGGUCAAGACCCCGCAUCUCGCCCUCGUCCAGCGUUCGGCCGGGAUGCAGGUUCGUGAGCCCUCCCCCCGUUACGCGCUAUUGCAUUGAUGUGCAUAUAUGCUGUUAACAUAUGAAGGUAACUUAACACAACUCUACAACAAAUUUCAAUAACAUGAACAGAACAUCCGGUUAUUUGAGAUAGCACCCAGUAUAACUAAUGCCCAUAUGUGACUCCGCCCAGGGAUUCGGGUGAUGUGAUCUAGCGUCCUGUCGGUGUUAACUGGUGUAUCUAUCAUCAGGCCAACGAGUAACCCCUCUGCCCCCCAGCCCCCCCCCCCUGGUCAUUCGCUUUGGGGGCUUCUGUUUCGAGACCCUGCUAGAAGUAUUUCCGGGACCCCCUCCCUUAGGUGCUCUGUGUUUCACUUGCCCCCUCCCACCUUUCUCCCGGGGGGGAUCCAGUAGGUACGAGUGCCUCUGGGGAGGCUCCUGGAUCCCGCGGUCUAUCUCUGCCUAGUCCCCACUGGCUGACAACCAGUCUUCCUCCCAUCUCUGUCUAGGCAAAGUAGUGGGGUAGUCUGUGUCGAGGUGCCCACUCUAUCGUGUUCAUGUGGAGGCUUGUUAGGUUCUCAUGGGUCUCUGAGUAUUGUAAGUCGCUAAAAAAAGGUUGUUUUUUUUUUGUUUUUGUUUUUGUAGGGGGGGGUGGGGUGGAGGAGGGAUGUGUUUGUCCUGUCCCCCUGUUGGCUGCCCCGGUUAACUCCCUGCCCUUCGUUCUGAAUUGUGUACUGCCUAUGUCCAUAACCUCCCCAAAAGUGAUUUUAUUUUAACACUUAGAAGACAGAAAACCAGAAUAGUGUUUUAUUUUCCUUCCCACCCCUCUGAAGCCUUUAACCCCUUAAAGGACCACUCUAGGCACCCAGACCACUUCAGCUUAAUGAAGUGGUCUGGGUGCCAGGUCCAGCUAGGGUUAACCCAUUUUUUCAUAAACAUAUCAGUUUCAGAGAAACUGCUAUGUUUAUAAAUGGGUUAAGGCUUCCCCUAUUUCCUCUAGCGGCUGUCUCAUUGACAGCCGCUAGAGGCGCUUGCGUGAUUCUCACUGUGAAAAUCAGUGAGAGCACGUCAGCGUCCAUAGGAAAGCAUUAUGAAUGCUUUCCUAUGUGACCGGCUGAAUGCGCGCGCAGCUCUUGCCGCGCGUGCGCAUUCAGCCGACGGGGAGGAGAAGAGGAGGAUCGGAGGAGGAGAGCUCUCCGCCCAGCGCUGGAAAAAGGUAAGUUUUACCCCUUUUCCCCUUCCAGAGCCGGGCGGGAGGGGGACCCUGAGGGUGGGGGCACCCUCAGGGCACUAUAGUGCCAGGAAAACGAGUAUGUUUUCCUGGCACUAUAGUGGUCCUUUAAGGACACAUGACAUAUGUGACAUGUCAGGAUUCCCUUUUAAUCCAGAAGUUUGGUCCUUAAGGGGUUAAAAGGGUCACAAUUAAAGGAAACGAUGUCAAUGUGUUUGCCCAGCACCUGGAUUAUCCUAAAUGCUACUAAUGGGAGAUAAGGAUAUAGAGGCACACUAAAUACUUCCUGCAGGUCUGUCUAUAACACUCAGUGGCCUGGACAGGUAUAAGAGCCUGUAUGAUAGGGUACGUUGCCAUGCAGAGCUAGCAGGCCCACCAUGUUUUAUAAGACACACAUCCUUUCAUUGUGUUAAUAGGCCGUACAUGAAUAGUGUGCUGCAUGAUCCCCAGCGAUAAAUGACUUAAUCCAAUAUGACAUUAAUCUGAGAAGUGCCAUCCUGUACCUUAAAAAUCAUGGGGAUACAUAUACUCCAAAACUACCAUCUAAACUUUGCUUUAAAAAAAAUAACAAUUUAAAACUAAAUUAGGUACAAAAUACACAUUUGACCCUAGUGGUAACCAAGUGUAUACAGAGACAAUCCCUCUAGAAUGUAAGCUCAUUGAGCAAGGCCCUCCACCUCUCUGUUCCUGUACGUCCAGUUCUCUGGUUACAAUUACAUGUCUGUUAGGCCACCCAUUGUACAGCGCUACGGAAUCUGAUGGCGCUAUACAAAUAAUAAAAUAAUAAUAAUAAUGAUAAAUAAGGGAAACAAUUGAUUGCUGUUUCUUACAGUCACCUGUCAUAGUGUGAGUUUGUACAGCAGAUGGGAUGAAUGCGUUAUUUUUAUAUUUCUUCAACCGUUAAAUGAAAAUGUUUAGCACAUUGAACUUUGUGAUUUUGUUGUUCUGUUGUUUUAAAUAUUUGUCAAUAUUCUUUCUUCGCAGGACAAGCUGCUGGCUGGAAACGCACUGGAUUUUCUAGGACUCAGCAGAAAACUGUUUGAAUGAAUCCAAUUAGGAUUGCGUUUACAUGUAUAUCAGAAGUGUGACUAUGGCAAGCAUCAAUCAAUCUGCAUAUCAUGAGGUUCCUUCUCUGCUAUCCUGUGUCUUUUAAACAAAGAGACAAUCGUUGGACAGGAGCAAUCACCUGGAAACAAGUCACACAUCUAUUUAGUAAAUGAGUAAUGUAAUCAGCAUAUGUAAAUUGCACCUCCAGACACCCAGCUAUUUGUAAUGGGUCACCCACAACAGACACUGAAAUAAUCAUAAGAAAGCAGCAGGCAGGGCACCUGGCCAAUUAAAACCAGUGAAACUUGCAACAGUGUAUUUCCUUUGGUGGGAGAACUUAAUCCAUCAAUGCCUACAGCCACCAUGUUUUCCUGGACACAUAUCUUGUCUUCCUGCUGAUAGGCAGUACAGGAAAAGCGUUACCAUUAUGUAUGAUGCAUUCACACUCUGCAGGAAGGGAAUCUGUUAAUAUACCGUGUUUCUCCGAAAAUAAGACCGGGUCUUAUAUUAAUUUUAGUCACAAAAAACACACUAGGGCUUAUUUUCAGGGUAGGGCUUAUUUAUUUACGGUACCGGUAUGUACAUUGAACCCCCCCUUUAAUAAAUCCACCCCCCUCUAAUUAA